AUGACGCAGGAGAACAAAUCAGAAGGAUCUGAAGGUCCAAAUCCACUUUCCGGGAAGCGUGAUGGUGCUGAUGGAGAAGAUAUGACACCUUUUAAGAAAAGGGUUCGAUUUUUGUCCUCAGAUGAUCUCACGGAAGUGACCAAUGAUAAGACGGAAAGCUUUGGUGCUAAUCAUGAUGAUGGGACAGUUUCUUCUACGUCUGACCUCACAGAAGCCGGAGAGGAAAAUAAAAAGGAGAUCAUUCCGACCCAGAAGAUAUCGGCAUGCACAACUUGCAACGAGGAAAUAAUUUCUGCAUCUCUGUCGCAACGGGCAAUAAGUGAAUCGGGAGAUACUGGAAACGAGCAUGGAGGUGAUGGUGCUGAAAAACAUGAAGAAGAAAGUGAAGAGUUGAUAGAACAUACCGCUGCAGUUGGUGGUAGUGGCAGUUGCUCACAGACUGGAACGACUGUUUCUGGGACUACUACUGGCCAAGAUAUUGAAGUUGGUCGCCUAGAAGAAAUUAAAGAGGCUAUAAUGAAUGAUGGAUCCAAUGGAAGCAGUGCCCCACGUAGAGAAGAGCAAAGCAAAGGAGACAUAUUCUACAGGCGGAGAAGAGCGAAGCAAAGCAGUUCACGGGACAAAAAACCAGUACAGGACAAAUUGACACCUGAAGGAGAGAGUGACAAUAGUGGCGAUGGGCUGCAGGAUGUUGUUAUUGAAGAAAACCAUAUUCAAAUAACUGAAGGAGGUACGAAGCGUAGGGUUGAUACAUGUAGCGAAGAUGAGCGCCAUGAAGAAGUUCAAAAUGCUGCAACAGAAGUUGGUGAAAUGAGUCAUGAUGAUGGUGGUGAACGAGGGAAAGACAAAAUGGUACCUGAGGGUGAAGAUGAUUGCAGUGGCGAUGCACCUGAUGUUUUUGGUGACGAUGAACAUAUUCCAAAAGUUGGAGAGACAAAGCAGGAGGAUAGUGGUGUCGCUCGCUCACCUACAGGUCCGCCUAUUGAAUGUGAAGCUGAUGAUCAUAUUGACCAAGCUCUAGAAGUUGCAGUGAAAGAUGGGCACGAUGAAAACAGUGCACCAAUUAGUGGAGAAGACCCCAGCAAAGUAGACAAUAAACUACUGGAGGAGGAUGAAUCCGAAAUGAUUGAUGAUGCAUUUGGCAAAGAGGAAACUAAUACCAUAAUUGAGGAUAACAAUGGUGGAAAUGGUGAAGGUGAUAGUGAACAACAGGGAAUACAUUCUGCAAUGGAAAACGAUGGCGUAGGCAACAAUAACAACAGUAGCGCACCUGAAGGCGAAAAACCAAUGGAAGGAGGAGAAAAACCAUUGGACUAUGUCGUAUCCACAUUGAUCAUUCAUGAUGGUGGUCAUGGUUGUAGUGAUAAUAUACUUGGCGAUGGAAAACAAGCACAAGAACCUGAACUUGUAACAAAGCAUGGUGAUGGCAGCAGUCGCUCAUACGCUGAUACUAAAGCUGGAAGCGGGGAAGGUGAUGGCCAUGAACAAGUCCAGCUGGCUGCAAUGGAAGAUGGUGGCAAUGAAAACAUUAGCAACAGUGAAGCUGGAGUAGAAGAGCAAAGCAAUAAAUGCAAAGAACCGGUGGAAGCUGAUCACCAUGAACAAGAACAACAGCAGACUGCAAUUGAAGAUGAUGGUAACGAAAAUGUAGCCGAUGUUGUUGUAUCUGGAGAAGAAGUGCAAGACAAAAAGGGAAAAAAGCCUAUGGAGUAUGCUCCAUCCGGAAAUGAUCCAGAAAGUGGGCCUGAUGUUGGUAACAAAGGACAACUUGAUCAUCAAGGAACAAAUCCUGAUGCUAAUGAUGGCAGUGGGCCAUCCACUUUUGUUGUUAGCAGUGAAGGCGAUCAUAAUAACCAGAUACAACAGGCUGCAAUAUUCGAAGAUCCUGAUACUGAAAUAGUCAACAUGAAUGCAAAUGCUAAUAGCACUGGGUAUAUGGCGAUUCAAGGUGACAUGCAAACACAACAAGAUCCAACGACAACCAUAGAUUUAAGGAAGCGAACACGAAGCAUCCAUGAACAGGGUGAGGCAUCACACAAUGUAGGUGGUGAUGAUAAACCUGGGCAAGAAGCAAGAAAAAAGUGUAAAUUUGGUGGUGACAGCGGAAGCACCUCCGCCAAUGGUGCUGUUGGUUAUAAUGAACCACCAACGCAGCAGGCUAAUCGUUCAUUUCUGUUGUUUGGUGCACCCAUUCCUCGUGAACAAGAACCUGAUGUUGCAAUAAACACCAACGAUGGUCUGGAAAGUGGCAGUGAUCACGCAGCAGGUGGUAAGUUUGCCAACGGUUCACCACCAACGCAGCAGCCUACAAAGGGUAUCCAGCUAUUUGGUGUUUACAUAACUGAAGAACAGGUACAACCAGUUGCAAGGAGAGGUAUCCAACUAUUUGGUGCUUACAUGAUCACUGGACAACCGUCAGUUGGAAUGCAAAACGGAGAUCGAGGAAAGAGUCAUGCCGGUGGGGAGUCAUCAAUGCAGCGGCCUAAAUCUGGACUGCGUUUGUUUGGAUUUGAUAUUUAG